AUGCCAUGGCACUGCUUCCCCUUUCUGGUAGAAAGGGUGGAGAGGGAGGACAUGCAGAAGGAGGAGGGAGUCAAACCUGUCGCCACCACCUCUGCUAGUUAUCAGCUGGAGUCGAGUCAUUCUGGGGUGGAUGUUAAGGCAAACAGUGCAAGUGUGCAGCCAAUCAAGCCUGAUAAGUCCCUGAAGCCCCCCGGCCCUGUCACUAUUGACAGUUCUUCCUACUACCUGCUGCAGGUGAGCUUGAGCUGCGGGCUGCUCUCCAGCGCCUCUGCCACGUCGGCUGCUCUCAAGUUUUUCUCCGUGUUCGAGUUGUGCCGAGGAAACCAACGGGAGCUUGCACGCCAAAAGCAUGCCAAAAAGCAGAAUGAACAUGGCAAAGGGAAGAGGAACGAGGACGGGCUCUCUGCUGCUGCCCGGAAACAGAGGGAUGCUGAGAUAAUGCAACAAAAGCAGAAAAAGGCGAAUGAAACCGGAAAAGCCCCAACUAAACAAUGAAGUCCAAGAUUAAUUCAGCUCACUGUUUUCAGAGCACCCCAUGUUCAGCAUUCUUCCUGAUUAUUUCUAAGAAAGGAUCUGUCAUUUUUGUCAAGAAUCCAGGAUUCCCUGUGGCAAAUGACGUUGCUUGUUGGAUUUGUGAUUUUACUCUGUGAAAUUAUGUCUCAGCAAGUUAGGGCUUGUCCCACGUUGGUCCUGCAUGCUAAGGAGCAUCAGUGGUGUAAGCAGGACACAACCAAACAGUUCCUGACGUGAAGCAACCAAGUAACAGUUGUGUAUUUUUGUACAAAAGUGUCCCCUGCUGGUUUCAAAUAAAGUGUACCUUUUUAGUUCAUGCUUUUUUUAGUUAUUCAGAAUGUUGAUGUUUGGGGUUUGUGCUCCAUGAAAUAUUCUGCCAGUUUGGUCAAAGAAAGGUACGACAAAGGAACUUGUUGACACUUUUUCAGUGUCACAUUUAUGUUCAUCAGGAAACUACUUACUUUCCUGUGAUUUUAAGUAUUAGAUGUAAUAACUCUGUUCCAGCAGAAAUGUGUUAUUUUGUAAAUGUUCUAGAUUUUGCAGUAGUGUUAUUCACAUGUCCUGUGGGCUUCUUUAAAAACAAACCAAAUCAAACUUUAAAAAAAAAAGGUUUAAUUUUCUCAUAA